UAAAUAGAAGCUGUUAGUUAUUCUGCAGUAUUAAGCAAUCAUGCGAGAAAAUAGUAAAAUGAAAUAUUUUGUUCUGCUUUUGAUGGCCACUUCAGUGUUGGGCAGAUUCAAGCAAAACAUACUCGAAAUGGUAAUGGCUAAGGCGGAAAAUAAUUUUAUUGUUUCGCCCCUGUGCAUUGAAAUUGGAAUGAGCAUGCUAUUUAUUGGAGCUAAAGGAAAAACCGCCGAGGAACUAAGGAGCGUUCUGGACCUGCCUGUGGAUAUGACCGAAGUGGCCAGGAAUUACGAAAAGGUUCUGGCCAAUCUCCAAAAACAUAAUGGUUUUCGUUUCGCAAAUCGCCUAUACGUCAACGAUGCGUAUGAAAUAAACCAGGAUUACAACAACAUAAUGAAUAACACCAUGGGAAAGGCACAUGCUGGCAAUCCAUCACUGCGAAGUAGGCCAAUCCAUAGCAUCAGCUUUGCGGUUCAACGCCAGACUCACAGGAAAAUGCGGACUAUUUUCAAUGAGCAUGAACUUCAAGCUAAUGAAAGUGCUGCGCUGGUUACCGCCGUCCAAUAUAUCGGCGCAUGGAAAACUAUGUUUGAAAAAAGGAGCACCAAGCUAAAAAAGUUCUAUGGAGAUAAUAAUAAGCCAGUUUAUGUAAGAAUGAUGUCCCAUGUGGGUCGGUUUAGGACGGCUGAUCAAUCUUACGGACAAGUCAUUGAGCUGCCGUUUAGUGACUCAAACCUGUCGAUGAUAAUCGGUCUGCCAUUGCAUAACUCUUAUCUAAGCUCUAUAGAACAAAGACUGCGGACAUUCUCAGAGAGCCUAGAAGAAACUGAUGUUCAUGUGGAGCUGCCAAAGUUUGAAAUCGAAUUUAGCACGGAACUAGUUGAGCCCCUAAAAAAAUUGGGCAUACACCUUCUCUUCAGUAAUAACUCUGAUCUCAGCGGCCUUCUGACCAACGGCACAAGUGCCAAAAUAAGCAAUGUAGUACACAAAUCCUCUAUUGAGAUCGACGAAGGAGGAGUAUCGACUGGAGAAGCAGCAGAACCCACAGAAUACCCACCUAAAAAAGCAAAAGCAUUGGUGUCCUUUAAUGUCAAUCGCCCUUUUGCCUUCUUGAUUCGCGAUAAGCAUGCCGUCUACUUUCGCGGACGCGUCGUUCAGCUGCCUAACGAAAUUCGUUUUUAAGAUGACGUUGUGAUUUCUAGUCACUUGAA